UGCGCACGCGACACACAAGUCCUUAAAUGCCCAGCGAAGAGGGUCCCUCCGUGUGUCUCCCCAAAUGCUGCCCUUCCGUGCAAUCGCGCCUGCUGUCGACACACAUGAUCACAUGGACAUCUACGCGGCAUCCUGCAAUCCACCCCGCCGUGCAAAGCGUCUCCGCGCAGACUCAGACACCCCCGGACUCACUCGGGAGUCUGUGUCGUCACCCUGUCCUUCCAACCCGGACGAAGACGACGACGAGGACGAGGACGCCAUCCCCCAGCCGCCCCCGCCCAAACGUCGCGGCAGAAAACCUGGCUCCAUGUCCCGCGCAGCCCGCGAGGCCCAGCGCAAAAUAAACCACUCCCUCAUCGAAAAAGCACGCAGGACAAAGAUCAACGACGCUCUGGCUACCUUGCGCCAGCUCGUCCCUGCUGAUUACAAACGUGCUGCUUCUGCGUUCGAUGAUCAUCAAGAAGACUCCGACGACGAUAAUCACGAUCCCACCGCCGCCAGCAAAGCAAACCGACAGAAACCGAGAGUCUCGUCGUCAGGGGAAAAAGAGUUCAAGCUCGAGAUCCUCGUUCGUACAGUCGCAUACCUCCAGGUCUUGACCGAAAAGGUCAAGGCACUCGAGCGUGAUGGCUGUCCACACUGCGAACGGCCCAUCUCUGGCCUCACAGACGACAGCUCCCUCAGACGCUCCCACCCGGUGGCUGUUGCCGACGCGUACACACGUCCGUCAGAGCCCCCAAAACUCGCCUCUCCACCCUCGCGUCUUCCUUCCAUUUCUACCUGGCUCCCCACUUUAACUCCGUCUCAGUCCCCAUCGUGUGAUCUCCCUGCUACUAGUGCAGAUGCCGGUGGCAAUAACCUUCCUUCGACCACUCACCUACCCACCCCUCCCACAUCAGCCACUUUUCCCCCGUCAUCAGCCAUCGCUGCAGGUGCUCUUCCCCCCGCUCUCACGCUGCCUUCCCCAGGCACCUUUCUUCCUUCGGCCGUAAGAGGCUUCCCUUCUGGGUUUGCUCGUGCGACAUCCUCGACGAACGUGAAUGGUGCAGGGGGCACGAGUGGUGCGAACAAACCCGUGACGGUGAGUGGGACUAACAAGGGCUCGCCUGGCGCUUCUUCCCCCAUGUACACCCCUGAGGACGAGACUGCUGCCUCGCUGUUGCUCCGCAUGAGCACUUCUAACUCUCCCACAUCCCCGCAGCACGCCUUUGGUCGGCUGCGCUCGUCCUCCUCGGCGUCCUCCCUCACCUCGCUAUGGCCUUCUCUUCCCCCCCUCGAGUCCGCAACGACUGUCAGUACAGCAGAUGCACUUAGCCAGGAUUUCGAGUUGGUCCGGAGGUCCGACGCUCGGUUGACACCUGGUAGGCUGUUGGGAUUGACGAGGAGAUCCCCCGACGGGAGGUGAGUCCUGGUUGGGAAUCUGUGAUACUAGUUCUGAUAUGCACGCUACUAGACUGUAGUGGUGUGUAUCGGUUGUACAACGGAUUUUCCGAAUGAAUAUGUAUAUCUACUGUAGUUUCUUCUUUGCACUAUUUAUCCGCUUUUUGUACUCCCCCUUCGUUGCAAUCAUACCAC